AGUUGCCCAUUUCGGUAAACACGGAAAACUGACAACGCAGCCUUAGUUCUAGUUGCUUUAAACAAACAUGGCGGAGUUUAAGAAUUUUGACAGCUCUGUCCUUGAGGGCCACCUAAAAUUCAGAGAAAAGAAAACAUGGAAGCGACGGUGGUGUGUCGUCCGGAGACUCUCCCCUGUGGCCAAUUCACUGAUAAUGCAAUUCUACAAAAAGUCAUUGAGCAAGGGCAAAGGUUCACAGUCCAAAGCUUCACUUAACUUGGAGCAUCUUUUGGGCUUUGAGAGCUGUUUCCUGCUUCAAAAAGAAUCACAGACAUUGGCAAUAGUGUGCAGAACAUUUGUCACUGUUCUAGCGUUUGAAAAUCGUGAAAUGCUACUCGAGUGGCAAGCACAGAUAGCUGAAAUACUUGGCCACAGUGAAAGAUAUGAAGUCCAGCUUUUAAGUGUUCCAGGGAAGUUGGAAAUUACUAGCAGCUCAGCUGUAUUGCAUAUCAGAGAUUGGCAGUUCUCAUUAAUACAAGGAAUACCACCACGGCUCAUAGGUUAUUGGAACAUGGCAGAUCUUAGACGUUUCGGAGCAGUGGAUGACCGUAGGUUCUGCUUCGAGGGUGGUUCUCGUUGUUCGUCAAGAGGAUUCGAGGGAAUAUUUGUCCUAGGCUCCUCUCAAAGUCAUGAAAUUGCCAAUAAAUUUGAAUUCUCCGUUCGCGGCCGCCUUUCCGAAUCCCAACGGACUCGCAUCCAUCCGUCAUCCACGUUAAAUGGAUUGUUAACUCCGAUGAUGCGACAUCGGUUGAGCGUUAAUUCUCGGUGUCCGUCACAAACAAUGAGCAAACCCAACACCCCGUUACUAAGCAGCCAACGCCGAGCUCAAGAAUUCUGUUUGAGCCCUCCCUGUGCCCGCCACACACGCUCUUACUCUCAACAGCACAGUCGAACCAGCAGCAUAUCAAGUGGAACAAGACUCAGCGCAGCUCUCCAACGCUCGGAUCCAGAGCUCCUCUACGACAAACCGCGUUCCCUCAACGCUACCAUGUCGCAGGCCGUCUACGAAGUUUGCGGUGGAGGAAACAACGAAUCUCGACCUAGUUCCACCCUGCCGACAAGUCAUUACGACACACCUCGGAGGAUAUUGCAGAACUUGAAUCAGCUCUCGUGCGCCUCCGAAGCCGCCAGCGCCACCCAGUCAAUUUCUCAGCCAAAUGGAAACACUUUGGAGGUGCCGGGAGGAAUCAGUUCGCUCUAUGCUACCGUGACCAAGUCGAAGAAGUCAAAGAAACCUGUGGACGCCAGUGACGGGGACGUGACAAAAGCAUCAGUGCCAGUAGAAGUCCAGGGAUAUUUGGUCAUGCAACGAGGGCAGGGUCAGUGGAACCAGCAGUCUGAGGAAUACGUGCAGAUGCAAUCGCUACCCUGCAGUCCGGCCACGUUACUCCAACGACAGCGACGCUGUUUAGAAUCGGUUGAGCAGUGCACUCGAUCCUGCUGCAGCGGAAACAGUGUAGAUAACAAAAUGUGGUCCGAUCAAGUCUAUCAGAACUCCCUCUGGCUGCAGCUGCAGGCCGAAGGAGCCGCUGUCGAUUAUCAAAACCCGAUAACCUUUCGUUGCCUCUACUCCAAACCGUGCUACCCUCACUGCACCCUGCCGCUGCUCCACUCACGUUCGACAACACACGCCAACAGUAAAGCGGUUCCUCUCCGGUUACGACGCUCAGCCAGUAUGCCAGCAUCAGCCUGUCGCCAGGGCAAUCGGGAUUCAUCAGAUUCGACGGAUUCCGGCGUCAGCGUAACAGCCGAUUCUCUCUCUCAUCAAGUUUCAAUGGGUCUGGCCGGAUGUAGUUCAAACGGCGGAUGUGCUCACCAUCAUCACCACCACCAUCUGUUACUAUCACGUCAUUGGUCGCUACCGCGACCGCACGUCACAGCUCAACAGAUUCCAAACACUCGUCUGUGGUAUGACACGACGUCACAGAAUCCAUCUGCGGCCUCCACCCUUUUGGCCGCCCAGUCCACCACUUCUUCAAGUGGUGUCCAAGGCGACGGCGGGAGCAACUGUCAAAGUAAUAGCAGCAGUUUGUCAAACAUUCUAGACCGCCUGGAAACGCUCUCGGUCGCCUCUAUCGGGUAUGAAACUUGCGUCUGAAAGAGAAGGUGGGUUUCCUUUUACUCCCCUCCGCACAGCACAAACCGCCCAUUUUCUUUUUUUUUUAAACAAGAAUUUUGAAAUCUUGCCAUCGUUCAGUUAUACGAUUUAUCAUCAGACACAAACUAAUACGUAAAAGAUUUGUACCUGGUUCGACGCAAAGAAGAAAAAAGGAAAACACACAACGAGAAAGUCUAAAAGGGGAAAAUAGGAAAAAACAAAAUCGUCAAAUCAUAUUCGUGUAUACUAUAAUAAUGUGUAUCUCUCUCUCCCAUCUUUCUGGUCAGCGAGCUCUCUACUAUUGCGAUUGCCGCACUGCACUAGCCAAAGAAGUCGAAAUAACUGAAUCUCAAAAAAUUGAAAAAAAUCUUUUAAAAUUGCUAAUAAUGAAUUAUCGAUCACGGCCCGUAUGGAAUUUUUUUUUUCUAAACUGUGCGCGCGCUCGUUUGGGGUAUCCUAGUCUUCCGUGCGCGCCCGCUCGUAUCAAGUUUCUCAAAAAUGAUCCUUUUUUAAAAUUCCUACAAUUUCUUUUUGCAACACUCCGUUCUUUUUUCUGCCCAGCAGUUAAAAAAUAUAAACUCAGUGAAUUUUUACGAAGAAGAAGAGAGCUCUAUGGAAAGAAAAACCAAAAACAAAAGUAAAUAUUUAUACAAAAAUCACUUACAUUUUGUGAAAAUGAAGAAUGUCCAGGUCCUUAUAAUUCACCUCUCUCUCUCACCUCAUGGAAAAUGUGUUUGUUCGUUUGUUUGUUUGUUUCCCAUGCAAAUGCCUACAGGGUUAUGGAAUCCUCUCAUAAUUGGGUCAAUGGCACAAACAGAAAAGCCAGGCAAUGUUUCAGGAGCACAGAGGGAAGUAAGAAAAUUGAUCCCACCACAACAAUAUCAAUGAAUUUAUCAAUGUUCUAUAUACUCUUAUUGUAAUCUCAUGAUAUAUUUUUUUUUCUCCGAAAAUCGUGCGUCUCUGUUUAUAAAUUAGGAAAUCUAUCCCAAUUAUAUCAAAGAGUAAAAAUUGAAACAAUGUCACGUGA